GGUUUAUUUUAAACUUGUGGUAGUAAUUGUUGUCAAGGGUCUUUUUCAGCCUGCAGGUUUGGAAUUGUCUGUUCAGCCCAGAGUGCUUUAAGUCUUGUUUAAUGUUUGUGUUUUUGCAGGAAGGAGUCAUUACCAGAGACAUGGUUGAGAUGCUUUUCUCAGAGGACCCUGAGCUUCAGCUUUCCACAACACAGAAAUUUCGAAAACUACUUUCUAAAGAGCCCAACCCACCCAUUGAUGAAGUCAUAAACACACCUGGAGUUGUGGAGAGGUUUGUGGAAUUUUUAAAGAAGAGUAUCAACUGCACACUACAGUUUGAAGCAGCAUGGGCACUGACCAACAUAGCAUCAGGCACAUCCAUGCAAACAAAGACAGUGAUUGAAGCUGGAGCAGUGCCAAUCUUUAUAGAACUACUGAACUCUGACUUUGAGGAUGUUCAAGAACAGGCUGUUUGGGCCUUGGGUAAUAUUGCAGGGGACAGUGCAGUUUGCAGGGACUACGUGCUCAACUGCAACAUCCUUCCACCACUAUUAUCGCUUCUGACCAAAUCCACUAGAUUGACUAUGACUAGAAAUGCGGUGUGGGCUCUGUCUAAUCUCUGCAGAGGAAAAAACCCUCCACCUGCUUUUGAAAAGGUGUCACCCUGUCUGCCAGUGCUGUCCAGGCUUUUAUUUAGCAGUGACCCAGACUUGCUGGCAGAUGCCUGCUGGGCGCUGUCCUACCUCUCAGAUGGCCCCAAUGACAAAAUCCAAGCUGUAAUUGACUCUGGUGUCUGUAGGCGCCUAGUAGAACUACUAAUGCACACCGACUAUAAGGUGGCUUCCCCUGCCUUGAGAGCUGUUGGAAACAUUGUCACUGGAGAUGACAUCCAAACACAAGUGGUGUUGAAUUGCUCAGCUUUGCCAUGUUUGCUGCACCUUCUCAGCAGUGCUAAAGAGUCCAUCCGCAAAGAGGCAUGUUGGACCAUCUCAAACAUUACAGCAGGAAACCGAGCACAAAUACAGACAGUAAUCGAUGCAAACAUCUUUCCAGUGCUGAUCGACAUUCUACAGAAAGCAGAGUUCAGAACCAGGAAAGAGGCAGCCUGGGCUAUCACUAAUGCCACCUCUGGAGGAACACCAGAACAGAUAAGAUAUCUGGUGAACCUGGGCUGCAUUAAGCCCCUGUGUGAUCUGCUGACAGUGAUGGACUCUAAGAUCGUUCAGGUUGCUCUAAACGGCCUUGAGAAUAUCCUGAGGCUUGAGCAAGAAGCCAAGCAGGAAAACAACGGCAGCGGAGUGAACCCUUACUGCAGCCUUAUUGAAGAAGCAUAUGGUCUUGACAAGAUAGAGUUUCUCCAGAGCCAUGACAACCAAGAGAUAUACCAGAAGGCAUUUGAUCUAAUAGAGCACUACUUCGGAGUUGAGGACGAGGAUAGCAGUCUAGCUCCUCAGGUUGACCAAGCCAACCAGCAGUUCCUUUUCCCCCAGCAGGAGGCUCCGAUGGAGGGCUUUCAGCUAUAAGUCAGCACUCCUCUCCUCUAAAACACCUUUACCCCCUUCAUACCUCCCCAUGUUAUGGAGGGCCCUAAGACAUAAAUUCAUACCCCCUUUUCUUGAUCCGUUUUUCUCCUCCCCCUCUUCAUCCUCCUCUACCAUUUCUUUGAUUUCGAUGCUACUUUGGAAGCACGCCACAUACAUUUCAUAACACUUUGAAAUAGGGAGUGAACACCUCACAACCCGAACUGUGAGUCUGCCCUGUCUUAAAACGCACACAUUGACAUCUUCCCGCUAUUGUACUAGCUUUUAUAGACUCUCAUUGGCAGUAGUUUAUUGAUUAAAAUAUUUUUAUUAACAAACA